UCUCCUACAUAAACCUCCGCCCCGCCUCCAGCACCUCACAGUCUGAGAGGGAUACUAGUUGGCAUCACUAGGACUCUACCGGUUCACUUGUUACGGAUACAGAGACUAUUUUUACCGUCAUGUUUCGGGUGUCUUCGCCUGUGUUUGUUUCGCUACUAUUUGUGUUCCAGGCAGUUGUUGUUGUGAGGUCUAGCUGGAUUCCACCGAGGAAACCACUGCAAGAAAAUAAAGACUACAGUAAAGAGGAAUAUGUCGCCAAGAUUCACUCAGAUUUCGACAAUGGCAAGGGAAAUAUUUUCUACUCUCUGCUAGGCGUUGGUGCAAGCGAGUAUCCCUUCCACGUGUUCACAGUUGAUGAAAAUACUGGACUAAUACGUGUCACCAAAAAACUUGACAGGGAGUUUAUCCACACCUAUGAUCUGGCAGGAGUUGCUAAGUACCGCAAUGGCACACUAGCAGAGGAAAAUGUUGCCAUAAAAUUCAAGGUUGUAGAUGAGAAUGACAAUUCUCCAGUGUUUGGUAUCAUGAAACCAGGGGAGGUAUAUGAGCGCAGUCCUCCAGGCACUCCAGUAAUGACAAUAAAUGCAACUGACGCUGACGAAAUAGGGAAUGACAACUCUAAGAUUGCCUACAGUAUAGUUAGUCAGAAUCCACCGACUGACAUGUUCUACAUUACCAGAGAUGGAACCAUCUGUGUAAACAAUGGUGGCCUAGACAGAGAGAAAACAGAUAAGUACACUGUGACGGUGAAAGCUCAGGACCUAGAUGGCAAUCCAGCAGGGAGAAGUGCCAUCAGCACAGUUUCUAUAGAUGUCAAAGAUGUGAAUGACAACAUUCCCACACUUACAGAAGAGCAGUACGAGGGCAGCAUUGAAGAAAACACACAAGGUGUGGAGGUGAUGAGAAUCAAAGCAGAUGACGAAGAUCUGAAGGGCACAGAAAACUGGGAAGCUAUGUAUGCCAUUGUUAAAGGCAAUGAAGCAGGGCACUUCAGCAUUAAAACAGACCCCAAAACCAACGAAGGAAUCCUAAUGCUGGACAAGGCUGUUGAUUAUGAAUCCAUAAAGGACCUUGGUUUAGGAAUAGCUGUUAGAAAUAAGGCUGAUGCCUAUGGAGGUGGAUCUGGGUCUUCUGAAGGAGGUAUAGGUUUUGGAGGAGGAGGAGGGGGAGGAGGAGGAGGGGGAGGAGGAGGAGGGGGAGGAGGAGGAGCCGGAGGAGGAGGAGCCGGAGGAGGAGGAGGAGGAGGAAGUGGUACUGGAUCUGGAAGUUCGUCUGGAGGAACCUGGUGGAAAAGUGGAAACUAUAAAACCUAUCCACUCAAAAUCAAUGUGAAGAAUAAGCCUGAGGGUGCAGCUUUUGACCCCAAAGUCAAGUCUAUCCCCAUCUCAGAAGGAGGCCAAACCUUCACAGUCAAUGACAUAAUCGCCCACUACCCAGCAAUUGAUGGAGACACCAAGAAACCAGCUAAAAAUGUCAGGUACGUCAAGGGUUUCGAUCCUGAUAACUGGCUCACCAUUGAUCCAAAGACAGCUGAGAUCAAACUGAACAAGGUUCCUGACAGAGAAUCUACUUUCCUGGUCAAUGGGACAUACAUGGCUAAAGUUCUUUGCAUCAGUGAAGAUGAGCCCGGUAAAACAGCCACUGGCACGGUUGCCAUUGAGGUGGAAGAUUUUAACGACCACUGCCCCACCCUGACCAGUACCAACGAGGUCAUGUGUACCUCGGCUGAUUCCGUUAUUGUCAGUGCCAAGGAUGAGGAUUUAUUUCCUAACGGAGCUCCUUUUGACUUUAAAAUCCUCCCAGAAGACACUGAGGGUAAAUGGCGAGUGGAGCAUCUCAAUGACACUGCAGCUAUCCUCAGAGCUCAGGAGCCCAUGUGGCCUGGUGUCUACAAGGUCGCAUUUGAGGUGAGGGAUGAGCAGGGGGAGGCCUGUCCAGAUCCACAGAAAGUCGAGAUCGAAGUUUGUACCUGUGAGGAUGGAGUGGCAUGUGGAAAACGAGGGGCUAAUGGCAAGGUCAAUAAAGAAGCAGUGUUUGGACCAGCAGGCAUCGGACUGCUCUUCCUGGGCCUGCUGAUGUUACUACUCAUUCCUCUUUUGCUGCUCUUCUGUAAUUGUGGGAGUGCUGCUGGUAUGCCAGGGGCCUUUGCUGAGAUGCCUUUUGAUACCAAAUCAAACCUCAUCAACUACCACACUGAGGGCCAGGGAGAGAACACGGAGGUGCCACUGCUGAACAUGCCAACACAAGUCGAUGGAGAUAUGAACUACAAUUCCCAACCAAUGGAGGUCAUAUCAGCUAAGGGUUUUAAUCAGUCUGCUCCCCCCAUGGAUGUGAUGACCGGAGCUGGCUAUGCAGAACGCUACACAGGAGGAAGUGCAUGGGGGACGAUGAACGAGUAUGCCACUCGUGGCAGUGGCUACUUUUCUGAGUAUCAGGGCAGAGGAGCAGCAGCAGCAGCCACAGGGGGAGGCAUGUUUGAUGGCAUGGCUAUGCCGGACCACAUCCUGGAACAGUACUACUCUCAGAAACUGGCCAGUGGAAAUGAGAAUCUUGCAGUGGAAGACGGUGUCUUGGUCCAUGACUAUGAGGGCAAAGGUUCUCUUGCUGGCUCAGUGGGCUGCUGCAGCCUAUUGGAGUCUGACAACGACCUGCAGUUCCUGGAUGACCUUGGGCCAAAGUUCAAGACCCUGGCUGAGGUGUGUGGUGGCAAGAAGAUUCAAACUGAAGUCAAACCAGUGUUCAUACCUCCCCCUCGUCCUGCCAUCAACACUCAGAGCUCAGUGUCAAGAGUGGUGGCUGCCCAACAGCUACCUCCUGCACCAAAACCACAGCUACCCAUCCCCCAAACAGAACGCACUGUCAUCAAGGAGACAGUGAAGGAAAGUGCAGUGAGAGAAGGGAUGACCACAGUGAGGGGAGGGAUGGCGAAUCAAGGCCAGAUGGUCAUGCUACAGCAACAACAGCCAACAGUCUACUACACCGCCGCCCCUAUGAUGCAGCCGAUGCAAUACGUAGUCCAGCCACAGGUCCAGAAUACUAUGCUGCUGGCUGAGGCACCAGCCACCAACAUGCAGGGCAUGGUCCUAGUUAAUAGCGGUCAGACUGUACCUGCCCAAGGCAUGUUUGUCCAGGGGCAGACCAUGAUGUCUACUGCACAAGCCCAGGGCCCAGGUAUGGUGCUGGUAGGGGGGAGUGGGAUCCAGGGAGGCGGUGUCAAUCUGAUCCAAAGCGGCAUCCCCUCUGGCUCCCAGACCAUGAUGGUUGUGCAGGGCAAAGCCCCUGCUGGGUCGAUGAAAGUGCUAAAGGGGGGCCCGACCACUCUUGUGCAGGGGGGCACCUUACAGGCAGGAGGGUUAUCAGGAUCUCAGAGAGUUAUGGUGGGUAAAGCCCCUGCAGGAUCAGUGAAAGUGUUAAGGGGGAGCCAGACCAACCUUGUGCAGGGGGGCACUCUACAGCCAGGAGGGCUUUCAGGAUCUCAGAACAUCAUGAUGGUUGGUGGGACAACAGUCAGUGGAGGGCAGCUGAUCCAGGGGGCAGGAGGUCAGUUCCAAAAUAGUGACUUAUCUGGCUCUCAAGGAGUCCUGUACAGCAGGGGCGGCACAUCUGCUGGCUCUAAAAGCCGCCUGGUGGGUUCAUCUACCACCACAGUACAGUCAACGCCCACCUACAGCAAAACAGUGGUGUCGGAGAAAUACACUGAAUUGUGAUAGGGGGAAACACUCUUCGGAUGCAGCUCAAACUGGCAGAACAACCUCUCGAGUGUUUUCAUGAGAGAAAUGUGUGUUACUUUAACGGUGGAGGGCGUGCUACUGCAGCUCGACUAGGAAUGAAGCUACAUGCACCUACAUGUUCAGCUGUCUAUCUCUAUGCUAGUGCACUACCUUCCCUUGCUUUUAAUUUUAGAAAAGCAGUUUUUUUUAUUUGUUUUGUUUUCUUUGCUUUCCUUUUUUUAAACUAUCAAAUUUUUUGUCAUUUUAAAUGUACAGUCCACAGACAGGAGUUGAUUUGAUCAAAAUUACUGCAGUAUUUCAAAUAGUCUUACCUGAAAGGCAAAGUAAAGGUAAGAGUAUGUCACUGUUUUGAAAAAGUAGCAGUAAUAAAUGUUCAGAUUUGUGAUGUUACGUGUUGUUUUGUAGAAAUGUUUUACUUUUCUAGAGUCAGACAACUUAAUAUCACAGGUCGGACCUUAAUUUGUACACUAUUUAGUCUGAAUUAAGCGACUUUAAUGUCAAGUAGAAACCAGGAAUUGAGUGAUAUAAUGCAAGCUAACUGAGAGGGAUAAGAAGGGCGGGGUGCCUUCCUCAAGCAUUAUCUGAGAGAUAGCCUAGACUCUGAAAACCCACGCCAUCAGUACGUUGUGGCUUCCUUUCUUGUUGCCUUGGAAAGCUAUGUCUUUAAGCAAUGAUUCUGUUAUCCCUAAAGGAGUUUGAAAUACAGUAUGUUUCAUGUUUGAUGCAUUUUUUUUUUCAAAGUCAUCUUCAUGCUGUCAUCAGUGAAUUCUUGAAACGGAACACUAUGCUUAAUUUACACUGAUUUAAACUAUGAUGUUUCAAAUGAGAUUUUGAAUUUUUUAAUGAUUGGAAAUGGUUAUGAAUGCUUAACACAGGAGUUCACAUUUAACUAUGCAGAGGGAUGUUUAUGUGCUUCAAUAUUUCAGCAUACAUUUUAGCUGUAUUUUGGUAAAGUCUGUCUCAGGGAUAUCACAUGUAAAAGAUUGAUCUUGCUUUCUUGCUUCAAUAAACCCUUUUGUACAGUACACUUUAA